CACCGCCAGUACCGUCUCUGGAGUGACGAGAUUGGUGUGUCAUGGCGCCGGUAAGGCCAGCAGCGAGGUCGGCGGUAGGCACUUACGGAACGCCUGGUGAAGGAAGUUCUCCGGUCGGAUUGAAGAAUAAGAAUGCGAAACACAGGACGUGGCGACCUAACCUUCCACAGGCCUUCGUGGGGAGCGUUCGCGAGGGACAAGGAUUUGCAUUUCGAAGAAAAUUGAAAAUUCAGCAAAAUUACAGGAAAUUGCUGUGGAGGGAAAAGAAGGCUCAAAGCUCACAGGAAUCCCAAUUCAGAGAUCGAUACCCUGAUCAUCUGAAACACCUCUAUUUAGCUGAGGAAGAAAGACUCAGGAAGCAACUUAGAAAAGUCAACCAGCCUGUGUCAGAAGAACAGGCUAAUCAGGAUUUGCCAGAAGAAGAAUGUAAUUCUGACCAGGCUUUGUCUGAAGAACAUUGUAGCAUUGACCAGUCUCAGCCAGAGCAACAGUGGAAAGAAGAAAGGGUAAACUCCAUUACUCUUCCGAAGAAAAAUAAAAAGAAAACAUCAAAUCAAAAAGCACAAGAAGAAUAUGAACAGGUGCAAGCUAAGCGUGCUGCUAAGAAACAAGAAUUCGAGAGGAGAAAACAAGAGAGAGAAGAAGCUCAAAGACUCUACAAAAAGAAGAAAAUGGAAGUGUUUAAAAUAUUGAGCAAAAAGACUAAGAAAGGCCAACCAAACUUCAAUUUACAAAUGGAGUAUCUUCUUAAAAAAAUACAAGAAAAAAAUUGAAUCAGACAUUUUGUCCUUAAUCAAGGGUUAAAAUAUCUGCUGUCUAUUGAGAUCUUUUGUAUGUGUAAUGUACUUCCUAACAAUUAACUACAUUUAUCAACAUAAACUGGAUUGCUAAGCUAUACUAAAUAUAAAAUGUCCAAUAUUUUUGUUCCCAUAAAAGAAAAUUUUCUAUAUAUGUUCUCCAUACUAUUAUCUGUUUCUUGUUUAUUUGCCUCUGAAAGGAAGGGUGGCCUGAAGAACUGAAAGAACCUUCUGUUGGGUUGUCGGAAAAGUCAUGAUGCAUUUUUGCAACAAAAUACGUCCUGACUCUUCCAACAACCCAAUACUUGGAUGACAGGUUCAAACAUUUAAUACUUUUGUACCAUAUAAAAUUCAACCUUUCAAUGAACUGUUUCAAUGUAACUUUUCAGUUUAGUAAUCAACUAUUAUGGUUUUAAAAUUCAUCUUAGGCCUCAGCCCAAGGUCCCCAGGCCAGGUCAAAGCCCGGGCAGCCUGGACGUGUCUUGUGACUUGGGACAUGGCAUUGAAAAAAAUCAAUAAAUUGUUUAAGGGGAAAAAAAAAAAUUCAUCUUGAUGAUGGAGGCAAAGACUCUCCUUGGACUUUUUAAUUUAUUUAUUUUAAAUUAAGCUCAUGUUACAGAAGGGUGGGCUUUUCUGAAACCUAAGAGGAGGAUACCUGGGUGCUGAAACUACCAUAUAACUAUGUGGUCUUUAUAAAGUAGCAAACUCAGAAGACCUGUUAAUUAUAAACAUUCCAAAAGUGGAAGUACGUGGCUUGUUAUUGUAAGACCUUGUGGUUGCUGAUGGGAACCCACAGUGUCACAGCAAGGAUUAAGCUUUCCAGAUCCUGUUACUGUGUAAGAACAUUGUCACCUGAGUAUUACUGGUGUUGUCUUUGUUGGUACUCUUGUGAGCCAAGAGAAGGUACUGGAAUACCGCUCCUCCUGCCUCCUUGCAAUCUGCAAAAUGAGAAAGGCUGGACUACCAUCAUUACAAACAAAAGGACUGUACAGUGAUAUUUGUAUAACAUUGCAUAAUAAAGUUUUAAAAUGUUAAGAGAUACAGCCUGAAAUUGCAUUAAGGUUUUAGGGGGACCUUGCACUCCACAUAUGAAAGUGUAAUAGGAGAUGCUGAGGAAGCAACUUACUAAAGAAAGGCAAUUCUUUAUUGCAAUGAACAAUGCUUAGAAAUUUGCAAUACAUUAUAUUAUAUUUAAAGUAAGCAACUCAGAAAACCUACAUUUUGCUACAUUGGUGAAGAUGGUACAUCAUGAAGCAGAGUAAAAUGUUUCAAUUCAUUUCUUUA